AUGGAUCAACUGUUUCAGAUGCCUUGGCUCUUCACGGCCACUGCCAUGAUCCUGAGCUAUGCUCUAUACCAUUACUUCUCGCCAAAUCCGACCCAAGGCCUUGAAGCUCAUCUUCCCGUCGUCGGGUUACAAGGCCGACUGUUUCCAUGGGCAAUGGCCACUCUGGCUUCGUUCUCCAAAACCAGAGAAUGGGCCCUUGCCGGCUACGAGACGCACUCCCGUCACAACCAGCCCUACAUCCUCCCCAGCCUAGGCCGCGGCUCCGUCGUGAUCGUGCCCCCCGCGCAAACAAAAGCGUUGUACGGCGAGUCCGAAGACAUACUCGACGCACACGCCACGGAAAACCAGACAAUCCAAACCAAGUGGACAAUCGCGGAUCAGGAAGUCGCCAACAACAGCGCUCUCCAUAUCAAUGUCAUUCGUCGACAGAUGACUCGGAGCCUCGACCACCUCGUGCCUGUGCUUGCUAGCGAGAUCCGGCAUGCGCUUGAACAGUCGUGGGGUGCGAACAGUGAGUGGAAGACGGUAGCCGUGUGGGAUUCGUGUUUGGAGAUUGUGGCUGCCGCGGGGAAUGCGGCGCUUUGUGGGACAGAGCUGUGUCGCAACAAGGAAUUUCUCGCCUCGUUACAGCACCACGGCGCCAGCGUCCUCGGCGGUGCAAUGGUCAUUAGCGCUGCACCGAACCCUCUGAAGCCGAUUGUCGGGACCAUCAUCCGGCAGCUAUGUCUCUACUACUCGAAUAAAGCAAUCGAGAUGUGCAUGCCACUUGUACAGCAGCGGCUAGACGAGACGGCAAGAGCAAAGAAAGAUCCGUCUUAUUCUUGGGAUCCUCCAAAAGACGCCCUGCAAUGGAUAAUCGACGAGUGCUACGAGUCCGGCCAGCCAUCACAACUCUCCCCCGAGCGCGUUGCGCUCCGGCUUCUGAUCUUAAACAUGGUAUCGCUGCAUUCAACGAGCUUUACGCUGCAAAAUUUGAUUCUAGAUCUUGCGAGCACAGACCCCGAGCUUAAGGUCAUGGAGGCUCUGCGCUCGGAGUGCGCCACUGUACUUGAAGAAACAGGAGGGACGUGGACCUUUGACGCAUUGAAGAAGCUCGCCUUACUCGACUCGGUUAUUCGCGAGUCGAUCCGCCUCACGCCGUUUGGGAAUAUAGGGUUACCCCGCACGGUCGUCCACCCAACGGGCCUCCCCAUCCAAAACCCAUCGAUAACCCUCCCCCGCGGCACAAUCCUCGCCCUCGCCCUCGGAGCAGCACACCGCGACGCAUCCCUCUACCCGAACCCAAACGACUUUGACGCGUUCCGCUUCGCGCGCGCAUCUCCCUCAUCCUCAUAUUCAUCCUCCUCCAGCGGCAACCAACACACCCGGCCCUCCUCCGCCGUAACCCCCGACGACAAAUUCCUAGGCUUUGGCUUCGGCCGGCACGCGUGUCCCGGGCGGUUCUUUGCCGUCGCGGAGAUUAAGCUUCUGUUGGCGCAUAUGCUGCUGGAUUAUGAGAUUGGGUAUAGUAGCGAGAGGCCGCAGACGAGGCCGGUGAUGGGGCUCAAUUAUCCGGCGGCGGGGGCGAUUGUUAGGGUUAGAAGGAGGAGAUAG